AUGAGCGGGACGCCGCAGACCCCUUCCUCUAGCGGUGGCCUCCACCACCCCGGGGUGUCGUCGACCGCCCGUUCCGCCUCGCUGACGACGGAGGAAGCCAGCUUUGCUGCUGCCCAGGAGCUGGCCAGUAUAGUGAAUGGGCCAGGUGCAAGCACGUGGCUGGCAGCCUGGACCUUCAACGCUGCCAGCGAGGAGCUGGAUGCCCGACCGCCGCCCCUGCCGCUGGGCACGCUGCCAGAGGUCAGCUUGCAAGACUUCAGUCGGUAUCUGCGGUCCAUUGGGAAUCGCCUGGAGACGUUUGAGCGCAACCGAGAGGCAUUGCGCCAGCGCAUGCAGCAGGCUCUUAGCCCAGAGGAGCUACAUGCCAGCCAGGGUCAGGGCCUGGUGGCAGCCAUGCGAGAAGUGCCGGCUCCCUUUUUCCAAGAGGCCUUUGACCUGGACCAGCAGCAGCUGUGGGAGGAGGUGGUGGAGGUGAAGAGUGAGGAGGCGCGGCAGGAGAGCCUGCAGCGCCUGUCUACCUAUCUCGACAUUGUGGAGACGCACUUGGUACGGGAGAUUGCGGCGCGCACGGACAACUUCUUUGAUGCGUCCGCCUACAUCCACGAUGUGCGCGGCAGCGUGGCCCGCGUGUACGUGCAGGUGCAUGGCCUGGAGCAGGAGGUGGCCUUGGCAGUGCAGACAUCGCAGCAUCUGCAGCGGCAACGUGCCAACUUGGUGGCCACCCUAGACAUUUUGCGCACCAUGGACGGCGUUGCCCAGGCUCAGAGUGCCCUUCAAGGCUUGCUGCCUUGCUCUGGGGGCAUGGCUGUGGACUACGCUGGCGCCAUUGACGUGCUGGAAGUGCUGCAAGGGGUGCUGGGUGAUGAGGAACUCCUUGGCCUCGACUGCUUUCAGCAUCUGCCAGAGCAGAUUGUUCAGACUGCGCAGGCAGUGGAUGACCUCAUGACCUCUGAGUUUCUCGAGCGCACCAAGUUUGCGGCACAAGCAGCAUUGGUCCGUGGCAUUCGCGACCGCCUGUGCAUACAGCUUUCAGCGCUGUCUGCCAGCACACCGCUCCGCGGCCGCUCCGCCUGUGUGUCCCCAAGUCGACAGCUAUCAGCCGAGGAGAGCCCCGAAUUGGAAGCUCUGGCGGCUGUGAGGGUCACUGAUGCUGCAGCUGUGGAGCGUGUUGUGGGCUGGCUGGAGAGGAUGGCAGGCGGCGAUGGCAACUUUGUGGCCACAGCAGCGGCAUGGCCGGCAGAUGGCAAAAAGGUCAGCACUGGAAUGCUGCAGGAGGAGCUGUUGCCGCUGGUCAUUGGGUUGCAGCACAUGGGACGGCUGCCGGCCACAAUGCGGGACCUGAAAGACACCUCCGCUGCACGGGACUUCCAGUGGGUGCUGGAGGCAUCGGUCCUGGCAGUGAAGGCCUUUCUGAACCACUGUUCCGAGGUGGGGCAUACGGUGCAGCUCAUCCUGACUGCUUCCAAGGCUUCCCAGCUACAGCUGGCGACAGCGGCGCACGACAUGACUGAAUGCUGCCAUGCCGUGGCAGAAGCGGCUGCGGCUCGCUGGUCCAAGCUGCUGAGCAGCAGAGCACGUGGCCGCACUGAAAGUGGCAGCAGCAGCAGCAGGCUAUCGGACCUACAGCGCAUCCUCGAAUUGACUGACGUCAUGGCAUUACUGGUGGAGCAGCAUGGUGUGCGUGGCGUGCUGGGCCUACGCACCUCGGUACAGCAGCUGUGCAAGGCCAUCCUGGAUGCCAUGCAUGCGAAGACGCUCUCCAAGCUCACAACACUGCUGGAACAGGAGCAGUGGGUGGCUGUGGAGGUGCCACGUCAAUUUCAGGACAUUGUCGAGGAGCUGCAGCAAGCAGUGACUGCUUGCGGACUCAUAGCGCAGUCGGAGGCAUCUGCAGCUGAGGCCAGUGGCCACCAAGAAGCGGCAGAGAACGGCGCUGCCAAAAGGCAGGGCUACCAUGUGGUCAACACGCAGCUGCUGCUGCUGAGCAUGUUGCGCGACUAUCGCGCCUUUCGCGACGUUAUGCCUGCUUUCGGCGCUGAGGUGGCGCAGCGCGUGCUAGAGUUGCUCAAGGUGUUCAACAGCCGCACCUGCCAGCUGGUUCUUGGCGCGGGGGCUAUGCAGGUGUCUGGUUUGAAGAGCAUCACUGCGAAGCAUCUAGCCAUCUCCUGUCAGUGUCUGGGUGCCUUCAUUGCGUUCCACCCUGCGCUGGUUGCGCUCUUUACCCAGGGCGUGGCUCCGCCGCGGCUGGGCAUGCUCAUGGCUGACUUUGGGAGGGCGCUGCAGGACUACCGCAUCCACCAUGAGGAGGUGUGCAGCAAGCUGGUGUCCAUCAUGAGAGAGCGGCUGUCGCUCAGCAUCAAGCAGCUUCCAGCACAGGCGGCGGCCUGGCCCGCCGGCGUCCAGCGCCCAGAACUUCCAGCACCUUCCGCCUUUGCCACCACCUCCGCCAAGCAGCUACAGAUCCUGAGCGGCGCGCUGACGCCGCUGUUGCUGCCAUCGGAGGUGCAUAGCAUCUUUGGGCGCAUCGCCCUGAUGUUCAGCCGCACCCUGGCGGAGGCUUAUGAGCUUCUGGAGCCGCAUGGCGCUGCCUGGGAGCAGCAGCUGCGGGCCGACGUGCAGUUUUUGCUAAAUUGCCUGCGCAACCUGCCGAUGGACCCUGCUGAGCGCGAUAGCAACCUGGAGCGGUUGACGGAGCUGUUCGAGCAGCGCUUCUUAUCGGAGACCAGCGAAGCAGCACGCUUUCUGCCAGCACUGCCAGCACUGGAGCCAGCACCGAAGCUGGGAAGUGGUCAGGUGGUAGCAGCGGCUCGGCCCCCAAUAGAUGCAGGCAUGCCUAUGCCUUCACAGAAGGAGCAGCCUCUGCAGGAGCCGGCGAGGCAGUCUGAUGGUGGAAUGCAGCUGGUGCAGGGCAGCUUGCACAACUUGCAACUAGCGUGGCCGGCAGUCGACUACCAAGGGUACCCAGUUCAGCAGCAGGGCAAGCAGCAAGAGAUGCCGGAGAAGGAGGAGGGGCAGCAGCACCAUUUGCAGCAGCAACAGAGAAGUAGACCACCCCAGCAUCCGCAGCACACGGCUAGUGAGCAAUCCAUGUCGCCUGCGGCGAUGCCAGAGAUGCGGCCGCCAUAA